AUUGCUUUUUUCUUGCAAAUAAAUGUUCUGUUGCACAACACUGAUUGUCAUAUUUUUGAAUGUGUACAAUUGUAUAAUAUGAGUUCACCUUUCGAAUAAACCAGAAUCACUACCUUUCCUUGUUUAAUAGUAUAUAUAAAACAAGGGUGAUAGCGAAAAGAGACGCUUUCAGUUCUGAUUUGAAUCCGUGAUCAUAGACAGCAUUCGCUGUUGACUGCCAACACUCAAAGAUGACAACUUGCUACGGCCAAAGGACAGAGAAUGAGCAAAUAACAGCUGCUAAUAGCAAGCAGGGUCAUGCAUGGAGUGACAAGAAAAUGGGAGGACACAAUGGUUUGAAUACUUUAGAGUGCCUCAGAGGGAGAUUACUAGCAGAGAGACAGGCUUCAAGGGUAGCUAAAGAGCAAGCAGAAUCAAUGGGAAACAAGUUUGUUGAGCUGGAAAACAAGCUUAAAGAAGAGAUAAAACUAAGGGAAAAAGCAGAAAAAAAGCUCAAGGCUUUAAAGAAGAAGCUUGAAUGUUUCAAUGUGUCAUCCCCAUCAUCAGGGCAAUCUCAUUCGUCAGGGAAAUGUGAAAGUUCUUGCGGAUCUUCCUUAUGUAGUACAGCUUCUAGAGAUUCAGCUGCAAAUGAAACGAAGCUUCAUGCAGGAAAUCCAGCUUUGUUAGAAAAUGAAGUUCACAACCAUAAUGUUGCAGAAGAAUAUGUACUCUUUCAGGCCCACAAUAGUCCACUCAUUACCAAAGAUUGUGGUUCUCAGUUAAAUGAUGCUUCAAGUUCAAAUUGUAAUUCAGACCCAAUUAACUUCUUCCCUCAAAUUCCGGGCAAGACUCCAAAUCAAGGCUUAGAUAAUUUGAAGAAUGGUGAAAACAGACUUUCACUUUCAAGCUCAAAAUCAUUGGAAAAAAGGUUAUAAUUCUCAGGGUACCGACGGUAAUAGCUCAAAUCGAAGCCUCACUCAAGCUUUCCCUGAAAAUAUUUGUCAUGAUCCAAAUCCAAGAUAAUGGAAGCAGGUAUUCAUUUGAACAUGCGGAGACAUUACAUUAGGUAUUAGUAUUAUAUUAGACGAAUAGUUUUUGUCCUUCAAUUUAAUUUCUCUGAAAUGGUUACCAAUUUUGAAGUUGGGAUCUGUUUCAGGCUUUCUGGUUUAAGCUAAAAACUAUCAAAACUCACUGAUAUUGGUUGCUGUGACUUUUCCAAGCAACAUAACAGGCCACUUGUAAUAAAAACCAUUUAAUGGAGAAGAGUACUUGAAGCUCUGGAUGCAGUGAGAUCAAGUCCAAUGAUUAAAGUUGGCCCAAAUUAACUUGCAUACUGAGAUAGUAAUAAUGCUAAUUUGUUUACAUAUUAAUGAUCGAUGUUUAGAGUAAUUAAUUUGUUAAAAAUAAUAGUUAGUUCUUGCUCUCUUAUUCGUUGAGCACAAUCCACUUUGGACUCAUCAAGAUAGAGUAACUUGCAUCUCAUCUCACUUUUCU